AUGGAGGUGCACCCAAGAAUGUUCUAUUACAAUGACGUACAAGAUGGAACAGCCGUAGUAAUAAAAGCCUUGGAAUCUACUGAUUCCCUUACUCCACUGCAUAUCCCUCCUGGCCCACCUGUGUUCCCAGAAAGAUAUGAAGAACUAAGGAAAACAUUUCAACUGUGCAAACCAGUCUUUAAAGCAGGCCAAGAUCCUGGAGGGAGGGAGUCUAUGCUGCCUGAAUCUCACAGAAUCUAUGAGCCACCUUAUAAGUUUACUCAAGGACCCUGCCAUGAUGAAGAUCCUAAAAAUGUUCCACUCAGAUGUGCAAGGUAUCUAAAAUAUAAAACACCAGGGGCUCUACUCAUAGAGGGCCGAUAUCGUCCUUUUCAUCCUUAUGUCCAUGGCAACAUUGAUAUCCAAGUUGGCCCUGACAGAAAGGAAGAUGUCAAUGAAUCUAUCAAUAGAGAAGCUAUGGCAUGCUCACGUCAUUUCACUGAAAGAAAUGGUCAGCGAGAUGAAGCUCCUAAAUCAACUUUCCAACCUCCAGCACUCGAUAUUUCACCUCGAGCUGCCAAUUUGCUAGAAAAUGUAAAGAAGGCUCUUUGGCUAUCUACUUACAAGCGAGACUACACAGGUACAGGGCCUAUGAACCCAUUGCUGCUGGAUGACUAUAAUGCCAAGUUAAUUGGCAGAGCAACUGGAGAACUGGGCAAAGAUGUGGAGCUUAGAGAAACCUUUCAUUCAGCAAUGUCUCAAACAAGGCCCUUAGAAGGACGCAUUGCCCGUUUCCUUCAAGGCAGACCACAGAUCUCACAUCCUCAACAUGAGUAUUCUACAGAGAACUACGAGCCGCCACUUCAUUGCAGAGACCAUUCCAGCAUAAACAGGUAUUCGGAAGGAGUGCAGAAUGGUGGGAAAACAUCCCUGAGUCCCGUUCAGCAGGAUACACAAAACAAAGCAAGUCAAAGGAACAAAUACUUGCUCUACAAUUGGAUUCAGCCUGAAAUAGCUUACCAGGAAGAAAAUAGUCAAGAUAAGAAACUGCCCUGGAACAAAUUUCAGAAAAUUACGGAUACCUGGAAAACAGAUCAGUUGUACCAAAGGCAACUUUCAGUGCCACCUGAGCCACAGCCUCUUGUAAAGGCUGAAGAAUCCAUUUACUAUGAAGACUUGCCACCCUCCCAUUUAAACAGAUAUAUAGUGUGGCACAAUCCCGCCAUCCUUAGUAAACCAACCUCAACACCCCUGAAGUUUGAAAGAUGUGCUAGCAAACCAGAUCUCCAGUGUGCUUCUAAUGUCAGAGAGACUGUAAGAAGCUACACUCCAACCUCAGAGUGGAUUCCUAAUUGCGGGAUGGUUAGGCCUCAGACAAAAUUGCUCGAUAUCCAGGAUUCUUUUACAAAGACGGAUGCCAUCAAGUACUUGAAUGAUCUUACAAGGCGGGGACUAAGAGACUUGAGGGAUCAUGACAGGGAAGGCAGAAAGCAUAAAUUCCGGGGCAUUCAUGCUUUUUUUUUGUAA